CAUGAUUGAUUGUACUUUGUCUUUGGAUUGGAGAUAGGAAGGCGACAAUGUUCAAACUCGAGGAGCCUCCAGCCAAGCGCGCCUGUAGUCAGCCUACCUUGGGCGACCAUAGUUAUGGAAUCAAUGGGCGCCGGUCCCUUAUCCAAGGGCACUGUGUUCGAACUGUGCGACGUCUGCUGGAGGAGGUCGACUCUGACGAUGAUGAAUUUAUUGAUCCAGUUUCCGUGGACGAUGAUGACGAACCGCUGCCCUACGAUACCGAGGAGGCCAAGCGAGUCAUGCUGGAGUGUCAGAACCACGUCACAGCUCUGAAGCGGCCCCAUUCAGAAGACGACGAGGAGGCGAGACUCCGUGCAUGUAUCAAGGAGGUGUCGAAGGUGGAGAGCGACAUCAUCUUCCGCGUGCGCAACAUUCUGCAGGAUGAGCAGUACUCACGACUGGUGUAUCUGAACAAUCCCAAGGAAGCAGUGCUGCGUCGCCUGCACACCGACAAGUCUGCAAAUCACAUCCGCCACGCCUUGGCUGCUUGUCAGUGGGACAAGAAGAAGACGAGAACCAUUCACAGGAUUCUUUUGGAGCAUCUCUCGGCGCCAUUUCUGGUCGCUUACCUUGAUGUGAUGCAAGUGCUGAGAUCUAAGGCCCCAACGCUAGUCGAUGAGAUGGUGGGUGCGGAUGGUCGUAGUACAGAAGCAAAAAGUCUGGCUCUUCUGCUCAAGAGACCCUGGGAUCCAGCUCUGCACUUUCGUGCUCGCAAGCCAAAGCUACCGCAGUCGGGCACGACCAGCGCGCCGGCAUUCGUGGUGUUGCCGAUGUCCCUGCAGUUGGCUCAGCAAUCUCGUCGCUGGAAGACGUGGCAGACUCACUUGUCAGGCUUGAGUGGCAGCGGCGGCAGCAUCAGUAAAGUUCACCUGAUCGAGGUUGAUGAAAUUCCCACCGGCAAGGCAUCGGGCUCAUCCUCGGACCCCUCUGGCAUGCUUGACUCAACAUGUAUGACUGCGCCAAUGUUCUCCAGGGCUGUCAUUCAGGCAACACGAUCCCGAGUCAAGAAGCUCCGUGACUCUCAUCCGCACCGUCCCAUCGUCCUGGUUGGCUCAAGCAUCUCGGCACUCCUAGCAUGCGAGGUGGCACAAACAGAGAAAGUUGCGUGUGUGAUCUGUCUCGGUUUGCCAACUUUUGGUCUGGAAGGUACAAACGAGGAUUGCAAGUCCUUGGAAGGUGUUCGGUGUCCUGUUUUCUUUGUCGUCGGCGCACACUCACGCAUGUCGUCAGUGGGUGCAAUACAGCGAUUACGUGAAGGCAUGCAUAAGGAGAGUGCGAUUCUCUUGGUCAAUGCGGCUGAUGAUCAGCUGUGCCUGACCAAUGCCGGCAAGGACCACUUUGUACUAACUCAGCCUCUGCUGGACAAGUCUAUACUGGAUGAAAUUUCGUUUUACCUUGAAGAGAUCCUACCUCCAAUGCCCACUGUUAGCACUGUCCGUGGCCAUGCUGAAGCAGGCAGCGGGGAUGAGUUUGAAGCCAAGCCGAAGAGAAAAGCUGCCCCUGUCAAUCGCGAGCUGUUCGCUCUUGGUCCCGGACCCCACACGCCUCUGGUGUACGAAGAUGGCCAGCCGGUGUCAAAUGUUUCUCGUCAGCUCCUGGCUUCACUGCCAAGUUCAGCUCGCAACAGUCCGGCAUCCAGUCGAGUUAACAGUCGAGCUGGAACUCCUGAUAUCACCGGCACUGGUAGUCAAGGCCGAACUGGUAAGCGUGGUCCGAAAGGAAACCGAGGCUCUAAGACCGGUCAGAAAUCCAAGCCAGCCAGCCCGAAGGGCAGCGGUGACUCGCCAAAAACGCUAGCAAAGAGCUCUCCCUCGAGGAAAUCCAAGCCCACAACAAUGGCCGGUAGUAUAUGCCGGUCGUCGGAACAGCUGUCCUCGGUGGGCUCAGUAUCCAUGACAGCCAGGCCAGGCACGGACUCGGCCAGUGGCAGCCCUGCUGCUAAACGUAGGUAUGCAGCAGCAGCAGCUGCCACCGGAGCAAUACCAGUCACUUGCACUUCAUCGUCUGCCCGUUCAGAUGCACAUCAGCCAAUCGCCAUGGUAACAGCGGCCGUGUGCACGUCAGCCGGUAUCACGACGGCAACGCCGGCAACGCAUAUUGCCACUGCGGCCGCAUCAUCGGCCGUUGGGACCGCCAUCGCGGCAUCGCCACGCAAACAGCCGCACGCCAAGCCGCAGUCCAUUGCCAAGGUUCUCGGCGGUGUCGGGCGGCAGAACCACCGGGCGCAGAUUGCUUCCAACGUGAGCAAGCAGACGUACGCUGUGGGCACCGUGGCCGCUAAUCUCGCAAGUGGCUCCUCGCCGUCGAUAGCACUGUAUGCUUUGCCCGCCACAGCUGCCGCUGCUGCUGCUGCUGCUGCUGCUGGUGGUGGUGGUGCUGCUGCUGGCGUUGUCGGCCAGGCUACUACCAAUGUAGCGGGUACUGCUGGGGGACAGCAGGGUGCUGUCUCUAGUGCUCUCGCCGGCCACUCGCUACUCACCGCUCCUGUGCUCUACGCCGCCAACUCGCAGACGCUGUCCACGCUGCUGGGUAGUGCGGCGACUCCCCUGCUCCUUAAGCAGGCGGUGAAGACGUCGUUGGCCACCACAACCGCUGGCGCUGCUGCAAGCUAUACAGCGGCAGCAGCGGCCGGCAAUCCGUUGAAGAGCAUGUUGCAUGUCGUCAGUAGUAGCGAGGCAGCCAACGCUGACAGUGCGUCGCUUGCCACGGCGCUGGCCCGCGUGGCCAGCUCACUGGUGGCCGCCCAGCGACCCGGUCUGAGCAGCAACACACCGGCAGUGCGACCCGUCUCUAAGCCGGUCACAGCCUCCUCUCCCAUCAUGGCGACGACGGUCAAUCCGACGCGCCUCUCGUCUACCUCGCUGUCGCCGUCGCUUGCCAGCAGCGAUGCGGCCCUGCUGUCCGGCCAGCUCAAGCAGCUGUCUACUCUCUACGGGGCUGUAAUGGCACCUGCCUUGCACAGUACAACAAAGCCUGCUGCUGCUGUUGCUGCGACACCAACAGCGGCGAGUAUCACAAGUAACGUGGCGUCCUUGAUGUCAAAGACGCCCAGGAUGGCUGCCACCACCACUGUCAGUAGGUCUUUGCCUAUGCCAGCAGCCACCGCCAAGGUUACAGCAACACCAGCAGCCACUGCCAAGGUUACAGCAACACCAGCAGCAGUAGCGGCGGCAGCGAAAGCCGUGAGCCUUCAAAGUACGAGCGUCCGACAAGUAGCCAGCGCUGCGAGCAUUGGCACGGCGCCUACGCGGCUGGUUAGUGCCGCUGUCACGCAGGGUACCACCGGUGUGCGCAUCGUGCCACGCACAACAGCAGUGCCGGCAGCAGUUCCAGCUGUGGCACGAGUUCUGCCAGCUCAGGCAGCCGCACGAGUAGUACAAGCUCCAGCAGCGUCGGCACCACCACGAGUACCGCAAGCAGCAGCUGUGGCAUCACAGCGAGCACCACAUGCAGCAGCUGUGGCAUCACCACGAGUGCAACAAGCAGCAGCAGCACGAGUACCACAAGCAGCAGCAGCACGAGUACCACAAGCAGCAGCUGUGGCAUCACCACGAGUGCAACAAGCAGCAGCAGCACGAGUACCACAAGCAGCAGCUGUGGCAUCACCACGAGUGCAACAAGCAGCAGCAGCAGCACGAGUACCGCAAGCAGCAGCAGCACGAUUACCACAAGCACCGCAAGCAGCAGUAGCAACAGCACGAUUACCACAAGCACCGCAAGCAGCAGUAGCAACACCUGUACAAGCAACUCAAGCACCCACAGCAGUAGCACCACCACAAGCAGCAGCAACUGCAGCAGCACGCACACCACAGGUACCAACAUCAGCAACUGCAGCAGCACGGACACCACAGGCAGCAACAGCAGCACCAACAGCUACAGCAGCAGCACCACCACCACCAUUACCAACAGCUACAGCAGUCGCAACAGUAGGCACUGGAGUUGGCAGCAUUCUGCCUGCUGCAAGCGCUGUCGUUACACCUACACAGACCACUAAGCCUCAGUGAAGAUUGAUUUUCUCAGGUUAUCCUGCGUUGACAUAUCCGCCGACUACUCAUUUCAUUGUGCCGCAGAAUACAUAAACACUAGUAAUAACUAGUAUCCAGUAUCCAUACAUACGUUGACUCCAUGAUAGGAACUCUGUUUUCCAAGAUAGUCCUGCUCCGUCAUAUCUCAUAUACACUAGUUCGUAUACCCUUUUCUUUUUUUACUCAAGUCUGGUAUCGCCUUGGUCUGGUAUCGCCUCGGUCUGGUAUCGCCUCGGUCUGGUAUCGCCUCAGUCUGGUAUCGUCUCGGUCUGGUAUCGCCUCAGUCUGGUAUCGCCUCAGUCUGGUAUCGUCUCGGUCUGGUAUCGCCUCGGUCUGGUAUCGCCUCAGUCUGGUAUCGUCUCGGUCUGGUAUCGCCUCGGUCUGGUAUCGCCUCGGUCUGGUAUUGCUUCAGUCUGGUAUCGCCUCAGUCUGGUAUCGCCUCAGUCUGGUAUCUCCGAGCUAUUCACAAAGCUCAUUGAUUCGCUGUAGGACCUUCUCAUGUUUUUUGCUUUUAUACUUCCGUAGAUCCGAAGUCUGUUCCAUGAUUUUUGUACUUGUAUUCACAAGUUUGAUACAGCGACGCAGGCCGUCAUUCCCCCUUUCGAGUCGUAUGCGUGGUGCGCAAGAUAA